AUGCUGCCUGACUCUGAGUGGCUAUCUCAUCAGCUGGGACUUAAAGGACUGGGAUCUGGAGGUUCCUUGGUUUUGCUACUGCUCUUCCUGGCCCUAAGCACUUGGAUGAUGUUUCAGAUUCUUGUCUUUGUCCAUAAAUACUAUAUCAACUGCCAGCAACUUCGAUGCUUCCCCCAGCCUCCUCUUCAGAACUGGUUCUUUGGCCACCUGGGGCUGAUUGAUCCUACUGAGGAAGGCCUGAUUCGUACUAUCCAGUUAGUGAAUACUUUCAAGAAAAUAUUUCUAAUGUGGAUGGGGCCUUUCUACCCAUUGGUUAUACUCUGCCACCCUGAUUAUAUCCAACCUCUUACUUCAGCCUCAGUCUACAUUGCACCCAAGGAUAAGCUUUUCUAUGGAUUUUUGAAGCCUUGGUUGGGGGAUGGGCUACUGCUGAGUGAAGGGGACAAAUGGAAACGACACCGGCACCUACUGACCCCAGCUUUUCAUUUUGACAUCCUCAAAUCUUAUGUAAAGAUCUUCAGCCAGUCUACAAACAUCAUGCAUGAGAAAUGGAAGCAUCUGUGUGCUAGAAGCAGCAACCAUUUGGACAUGUUCAAGCACAUCAGCCUCAUGACCUUGGAUAGCCUUCAGAAAUGCAUCUUUAGUUAUAACAGUGAUUGUCAGGAGAAGCCAAAUUCCUACAUCUCAGCCAUUCUGGAAUUGAGUGCCCUGGUGGCAAACCGCAACAAGCAUCUACUCUUAUACUGGAAUGGCUUAUACUACCUCACCAGCCAGGGGAGGCACUUCUCCAGGGCCUGUCGCUUGGUACAUGACUUCUCAGAAGCUGUCAUCCAGGCCCGGCGCCAUAUCCUUGACACAUAUGGUCCUGAAGCUUAUUUCAGUGACAAAGGCAAAGGCAAGAUCAUGGAUUUCAUAGAUAUUCUGCUGCUAGCCAAGGAUGAAGAUGGGAAGCCUCUAUCAGACAAGGACAUACAAGCAGAAGCUGACACCUUUAUGUUUGAAGGGUAUGACACAACUGCAAGUGGAAUCUCCUGGGUCCUCUAUAACCUGGCACAGCAUCAGGAACAUCAGGAUCAUUGCCGACAGGAGAUACAGGAACUCCUGAGGGGGCGUCAACCAAAUGAAAUUAAAUGGGAUGAUCUGUCCCAGAUGCCCUUCCUAUCUAUGUGUAUCAAAGAGAGCCUGCGGUUGUACCCACCAGUUGUAACUGUCGUCCGCUGCUGCACCAAGGAUAUUCAGCUGCCUGAUGGUCACAUCAUUCCAAAAGGCAUUAGCUGUCUUGUCAACAUCUUUGGAACCCACCACAAUCCAACUGUGUGGACCAACCCUGAGGUCUUUAACCCAUACCGUUUUGACUCCAACAACUCUCAGAAGAUGUCACCACUGGCAUUUAUGCCCUUCUCGGCUGGACCCAGGAAUUGCAUUGGCAAGAAUUUUGCCAUGGCAGAGAUGAAGGUUGUGCUGGCUCUCACCUUAUUGCACUUCCGGGUCUUCUCAGAUGGAUACCUAUCUCAAAGAAAGCCAGAACUGAUCCUCAGGGCUAAAGAUGGACUGUGGCUGAAGGUAGAACCAAUUCUGGAUCCCUCCAGCCCUGGACCACACCUGGCAAAAGUCACCCAGGAAUAA